AAUGUAGUUUCCUGGAUCGGCGCCUGGCCAGUGCCAGCUUUGCAGAACCCGCCCGGUGCAGACCCCUGCGGCCGGGGCGAGGAGGUGCCUGAGCAGCCGGCCAGCGGGUGCCGCCACCUGCGGGGCCCAGCGGCCUGCAGGACAUCUGCAAUGCUCCAGAAGCCCAAGAUCGUGAAGCUGCGGGCCCUGCGCAGCCCGAGGAAGUUCGGCGUGGCUGGCAGGAGCUGCCGGGAAGUGCUGCGGAAAGGCUGCCUCCGCUUCCAGCUACCUGAGCGCGGCUCCCGGCUGUGCCUGUACGAGGAUGGCACGGAGCUGACCGAGGACUACUUCCCCAGCAUCCCCGAUGACACCGAGCUGGUGCUGCUCACCUCGGGCCAGGCCUGGCAGGGCUAUGUGAGUGACAUCAGGCGCUUCCUCAGUGCGUUUCACGAGCCGCACGCGGGCCUCAUCCAGGCCGCCCAGCAGCUGCUGUGUGAUGAGCAGGCCCCGCAGAGGCAGAGGCUGCUGGCUGACCUCCUACACAACGUCAGCCAGAACAUCGCGGCUGAGACCCGGGCGGAGGACCCACCGUGGUUUGAAGGCUUGGAGUCCCGAUUUCAGAGCAAGUCUGGCUAUCUGAGAUACAGCUGUGAGAGCCGGAUCCGGAGCUACCUGAGAGAGGUGAGCUCCUACCCCUCCACAGUGGGUGUGGAGGCUCAGGAGGAAUUCCUGCGGGUCCUCGACUCCAUGUGCCAGAAGCUCCGGUCUGUGCAGUACAACGGUAGCUACUUCGACAGAGGAGCCAAGGGUGGCAGCCGUCUCUGCACGCCGGAAGGCUGGUUCUCCUGCCAGGGUCCCUUUGACAUGGACAGCUGCUUGUCGAGACACUCCAUCAACCCCUACAGCAACAGGGAGAGCAGGAUCCUCUUUGGUACCUGGAACCUGGAUCACAUGUAAGCUCACAGAGCAGGGCCAGACCUGAGAGCGCCUGCCGGGCCCUAGCCCUGCCACGGUGUUGCCUCCUUGGGUUUCAGGCGCUGCACCCGUGUUACAGCUCAGGGAAGGGGUGCCUGGUGGCAGCAUGGGGUUCUACUGGGUG